AUGUAUUCAAUACGGCGGAGUUGCCAAUCGGCCUUGCUGAAAUCAGAAAACGUAUGCUUGUACGCCAAUGGCACAAGACGCGCAUUCUCUCGUACCUCGGUGAGCUCAAGAGGCGCUCUCCCAAACUUCCUCCCACCUUCUAAACCCGAAUUAUCGGAGCUUCUCUCGAGAUUCAACUCCAAGGUCCUUCUCCCCUCGCAUUUAACAAAAGAGCAACAAAAGCUUGUAUACUCCCAAGAAUCCCGCGCAAAACUCGAAGCCGAACCUGUAGAGAUCACCCUAGGAGAUGUCACCCUCCCUCUCGAACACAUCGAUCGAAAUCAGCUGCCAAACCGCUUCAAAACGUUCAGAAGGAUAAUAAAAGAGAGCGAAACCAAGGAGGACUGGGAGAAUGUCGUAAGAUGCUUGGAGGGAUUUCAGGAGGCCGGUAUCAAGGCCCCAAGUCAAUGGCAGGAGUUAGCCAUAAGAAGGUUAAAUCUGGCGGGCAUGAAUCACCUCGUCCUGAAGAUGUUGCAAAGGCCGAAGGCAACGGGCGUGAGCCUAAGCAAUUUUGGCGUGUUGCUACAGGUGUUGAGGAGUGUGCAUGACAAAGCUGCGUUGGCCGAUUGGGCAGAGGAUGAUACAAUCAAGGCGUACAAGCAAGCGAAGCAGAUCGUGGAGCUUAUGGAUAACGAGGAGCACCACAAAGCUCAAAAGCGGCCUGUGAAGGAGGGCGAGUUCCCUGAAGGUGACUGGAGGGGUAGGCCCUCUGUGGUUGCGCUGCCGACGGAGAUGGCUGCUGUCCUCGCCGAGCGAUAUGGUGGAGACAAAGAGGAGGUCAAGAAGUUGUCUAACCGUCUCGUGAAUGCGUUGAAGCAGAGCGGGUACAUGAACUCAUUCGACAUGACAUCUCAACGCACGAGCGUCACAUCUGCUGCCCAUCAAAACAUCACCAGACACUUGGCAUUCCUGAAAGACUACUGCUACGAGCUCCUCGAGGUACUCAUUGUGUGGAACGCACUGAAGACAUCUCGCAAGGUACUGGGUGCUGAAAUGCCCCUGGCAGAAGAGGCACAGAAGUUCGAAGCUAGAGCAGAGGAAGUCUUGAUGGGAGGUCUGGGGUCGUUGGAGAACAUGUCGAAGAACAAGGAAGGCAAGCCGCUGAAGUCAUUGUUUGUAGAUUACAUCAAAAACGCGGCUGAGGUUUGCAAAUAA